UCUCCAUAUGUAUUGAAAGGAAGUAUUAAGACUCAUCGUUCUAUGACUGAGAAUGGCCCUAAACCUCCUAGACUCUAAUGGAUUGUGAAGCCUGAAGUCCAAGUCAAAGAGUUAGGACCACCAUCUGAAUUAAGGAAUAUAAUGAUGAGCACCAACUUGAAUUCUGGGCCCUUUUUUGGUCUCUCGUGAUCUCUGCUUCUCCCAGAAUCUUAAACAGACCUGUCAAAGUCUUCCCUUCAGCUGAUUUCCAGGCAUGUCAGCUGACAAUGUUACUAUAUGCAAAAAUUAUAGUGAGAUUCAUCAACUGCAGUUGAUUGGAUACAGCUUGAUCUUCAUAGCAGGCUUAUGCCUCAAUGUUGCAUCCCUCUUGAUCUUCUUGUACUAUCUGAAGCUCAAGUCAGUGGUAGCCAUCUAUAUGUGUAACCUGGUUGUGAGUGACCUCCUUUUCACCAUAUCUUUGCCCUUCCGUAUUUACUAUUAUCACAUGGGAGAAUGGCCCUUUGGAAGUUUCCUUUGUCAAGCCUCAGGUUCCCUCUUUCAAAUAAAUAUGUAUGGUAGUUGCCUCUUCCUGAUGUGCAUCAACUUGGACCGAUUUAUUGCUAUUGUCUACCCACUACGCUGGCGCCACCUCCGGCGUCCCAAAGUGGCCCGGCUGCUCUGCUGUGUGGUUUGGGUACUAAUCCUGAUAAGCUCUAUUCCAGUUGCUGUAAUCCACAAGACAACACCAUGUAUUAAGCAAAGUGGAACAAAUUCUAAACAAAAUGAAACUACUGUGUGCUUUGAAAGCUUCAGUAAGGACUUGUGGCAGGGAAAAAUCUUUGUUCUGGUCAUUUUAGCAGAGAUUCUUGGCUUUCUCCUCCCUCUGACCUCUGUGACGGUCUGCUCAAUCCGAAUUUUUCAGAAACUAUGCCAAACCCGUGGGGCCAAGACCCUGCGACAAGAAAAGACCAUUCGCAUGCUUGUAGUCAAUCUGGUCAUCUUUAUCAUCUGCUUCGUACCCUACAACACCAUUCUGGCAGUCUACGGGAUGAUAAAAGCCAACGUGAUUAAGACUGAUUUAACCAUGCAGGCUUCAGUGCGCAACGCCCUGAUCACCACUAUGCUAUUUGCAAGUAUGAAUUGCACCCUGGACCCCUUGAUCUAUUAUUUCAAUACAGAAGGCUUCAAAAAUACUUUGAAGAAAAUAAGAAGAGGGCAGACUUGGGAUUUUGAGAUGGGAACACUUCGGACUCGGGCAACAAAAGUUGGUUCCUACAAGGCAGCAAAUGUUAAGCAAUAUCCAGUUCAGAAUUCGAUUGCUCCCUGUGAGGACUUGCCAUUUGCUUCCCCUAAGAUAUUCUUGAGUAGCUUCGUUGAAGACUGAAAUAUGGAGAUGGGGGAACUAUCAAACUAUCAAGCUUUUCGAAUGAAUAGGCAUUACAGAAAGUAAUUGCCAGCAACGUUUGAAGAAAAUAUGAAGAUUUUAUGCACUUAAACACUGUAAAGCCCUAUACUGUACAGUAAGUAUUUCAUAUUUCAAGAACAAUUUCCAAUAUUGAUUUUAGAAUUUAUUUUCCAUCUCCCAUCCAUAGAGCUGUCUGAUACUCAUAUGAAUGCUAUAAGAGGCAUUUAUGAUUAAAAUCACUCAAUUCCAGGUUCAGUUCAGGCUCCCAAGGGUGUAGUAUCACUUGCUUCAGCAACUGGCGUCAGCAUGAACCAAGAAGGAUUGUGUUGCAGAAAUACAAAUUGCAAUUGCUAUACUUUUCUCCAAAACUUUACACCAAAAAUAUAUAUUAGCUGUUUCUGUAUCCAUAAUAACUUUACAUUUUAAUGACAGAAUUCUUUUUUCUGUGCGCCUUGGAAAAAUAGUUUACAAAUACCUAAAAUAAAAAGCCAACCAAAAAAAAACAUAUUCCUGCAUCAUUCAGCAUUGGUUUAAGGCCCAGUGCUAGGCAGAAGGCAUUCAGCGAACAGAAAGUUUCAGUGGUCUCCUAAAAAUUUGAAUUGGGGAGGGACGAGGGGUUUUUUGCACAGCCAAUCUUUAAUUGCAAUGGACUAGAGUGGAGCUUAUAGGAAUCAUUAUUAAAGCCCUCCCCCAAAC